AUGACUUCAAGUGAUGUGGUAACGCCAGAUUUUGGAAUUACCACAGAGUGGUAUGAUGAAGAUUAUCUGGACGACAUGUGCCAAAAAGAUGAGGUUCGCAAAUUUGGAGCGAUAGUCACGACUGUGUUCUUCUCUGUGGUGAUCGUUUUCAGUGUGUUUGGGAACCUGCUGGUCCUGGUGGUGCUAGUGAAGUAUGAAAACCUGAAGUCCAUGACCAACACCUUCCUGCUGAACCUGGCCCUGUCCGACAUCAUUUUCACUGUGGGCCUGCCAUUCUGGGCCUCCUACGACAUCCACAACUGGACUUUUGGAGAGGCCGGGUGCAAAGCUGUGAGCUUCAUCUUUGAAAUGGGCUUCUACAGCAGCAUCAUCUUUUUGACCAUCAUGACCAUUCACCGUUACAUGGCUGUGGUUCACCCAAUGUCGGUGGUCAUUUCCAGGAAGAGCUUUCACUGCGUGGUGACGUCUCUCACCGUGUGGGUGGCCAGUGGCUUGGCAGCCACCCCAGCCCUCUUCAAGACCGAAGGCUUCAAUCCAAAUGACAAUUCCACGCAUUGCUACUACGAAAACACCACAUGGAUGCUGGUUGGGACCUAUCAGCAGAAUGUUUUUUUCCUGGUCUCCUUCACCGUCAUUGCUUUCUGCUACUCCCAGAUCCUUCUUCGUCUCCUUCGCCCCACCUCCCAUACCAGGCACAAGACCGUGCGGCUCAUCCUCAGCAUCGUGGUGGUUUUCUUCCUAGGCUGGGCACCUUACAACGUGGCCCUAUUCUUGCAGUCUUUACCGCUCUGGGAGCUGAAGCCUUUCAACGACUGCAGCGUCAGCAACUCAGUGGACUAUGUGUUUUACGUGUGCCGCCUGGUCGCCUUCUCCCACUGCUGCCUCAACCCCGUGUUCCAUGUGUUUAUGGGCAUCAAGUUCCGGACCCAUCUGAAGAAGCUGCUGCGGUACUACUGA